AUAUCAUUCUUUGUCCUCGCCCCGCAGCACAACACACGGCCGGAGACGAGGCUCCUCGCGAAAGGGAAGGAAAACUGGAUGGGUUGAUAUUAGAUGAGGCGGGAGGGCUUUUGUUUUUUUUAAACCAAGAGAAAAACGAAGGACGAGGCGACAACUUUGCGGGAGACGUCCGGGGGACAAAGCGAGCAGAGGACCCUUUAAACAAAACAAAACAAAAAAUCACGACUGAAGAUACAAGAUGAGCUGGAGCUUCCUCACUCGUCUGUUGGACGAGAUUUCCAACCACUCCACCUUCGUGGGCAAAAUCUGGCUCACGCUCCUCAUUGUCUUCCGCAUUGUGCUGACGGCUGUAGGAGGCGAGUCAAUCUACUAUGAUGAACAGAGUAAAUUUGUGUGUAACACACAGCAACCUGGAUGCGAGAAUGUGUGCUACGAUGCGUUUGCGCCGCUGUCGCACAUUCGCUUUUGGGUGUUUCAGGUGAUUAUGAUCACCACCCCCACGGUCAUGUAUCUUGGCUUUGCUAUGCACAAGAUCGCCCGCAUGGAGGACGAUGACUACCGUCCAAAGGCCAGGAAGAGGAUGCCGAUAGUGAGCCGGGGGGCCAACCGGGACUACGAGGAGGCGGAGGAUAACGGAGAGGAGGACCCAAUGAUCCUGGAGGAGAUUGAGCCAGAGAAGGAAAAGGAAGCUGUGGAGAAGCCAAGCAAAAAGCACGAUGGACGCCGUCGCAUCAAGCGGGAUGGCCUGAUGAAAGUCUACGUGUUUUCGCUGCUGUCCCGUGCCGUCUUUGAGGCCUCGUUCCUGUUCGGACAGUACAUCCUCUACGGGCUGGAAGUUGUUCCAUCGUAUGUAUGCACGCGCUCUCCUUGCCCGCACACAGUGGACUGCUUUGUCUCACGUCCUACGGAGAAAACCAUCUUCCUGCUCAUCAUGUACGCUGUGAGCGCCUUGUGUCUGCUCUUCACUGUGCUGGAGAUCCUUCACCUGGGUAUCAGCGGCAUUCGGGACUGCUUUUGCGCACCACGGCCUCGGCCUCCAACACCCCGUCACCCGGCUCUAGCCAGCCAGAGGUCCUCCAUCUGCCGCCAGCCCUCUGCACCUCCAGGCUACCACACAGCCCUGAAGAAGGACCCAUCAGGGAAAAUGGGUUUCAGGGACAACCUCGGAGACUCGGGUCGCGAGUCCUUCGGGGACGAGGCUUCAUCACGGGAGCUUGAGAGGCUGCGGAGACACCUAAAACUGGCCCAGCAGCAUCUGGAUCUGGCUUACCAGAAUGAGGAGAGCAGCCCGUCGCGCAGCAGCAGCCCAGAAUCCAACGGCACCGCAGUUGAGCAGAACAGACUGAACUUUGCCCAGGAGAAGCAGAGCAGUACGUGUGAGAAAGGUCUCCGUGCAUAGGUUCUCAACAGCACAGCUGACACUAUAGGAUUAAAUUCACAUCAGGAUCAGUGAGCGGACAUAAGGGAAUCAAAGUGUGAAUGUGUGUGAGACGGUGUGACAUUAAUUUGCUUGAGGUGGAUGAAGUCAGCCCAAGCCUUCCAGUGUUACGGCCAGUGGCGGUCGAGCAUCAAGCCGAGGAAGAGGAGGAGGAGGAGAGUGGUCGUCUCAACCCAGCAAUACUUGAGACACCAGCCUGUCUGAAGAUCCAAAGUGCUUACAAACUACCGAACGGUUAACAUGUACUUCUCCCUCAGGGCAGCUAUUCUUUUAUGUUUUAAUAUUUUUAUUAUGAGACUUUCUAGAUCUAUUAGUCAUUUUUAAAAGUUUGUCCUCUGGUGGAAGCUGACAGUGAGUGCAUCUCAAGAUUGCCUUAGACCUAAACUGGAACUCUGUUGUUGGUUGGUUGUUUUUUUUUUAUUUUUAUUUUUUUAUAUGGCAUUUUGUUAAAAGUAAGGCCAAGCCAGUCGUAGUGCGAGAACAAAACGUGUUUUUAAGUGUAAAAGUUUGUACUUUGUGAGGAAGCGAAUCAGUGAGCGAGUGCUUGUGGAUGCAAAGAGCAAAAAGGUAAACGGACAAGGCACCACUCAUAACGGAAAGGUACUGGAGUUACUGUCAUGCUGAUGAAGAUUUUUUAUUUUUUUUUUGGUGUUAAUUUUCAUACAAAGGUUGCUUUCAGUUGUUGGCACCGCACCAGUCAACAUUCCCAAGCCUGGUGCCUCGACGGGAACUGGAACACACUUGGGGUGCCUUUGUCCAAAGGAAUAAACAAACCUGGGUAAUGCUUGAACAAAAAAAAAGUGUAACUCUUGAUAUUGUCUUGUGUUAUGUCUAAACGUGUAUUUGAUACUGUUCUUUAUUUUUAUAUUAGUUUUUGAGUAUUGUGGUAUUUUGAAAAGAGGCUCUGUCACUGUGGCUUACUUUUAAAAGAAUGACAUUCACUGCUGUCUUAGCUCCCUGAAGCCCCAUUCAAUCCAUGUCGCAUUCCGAAGAUGCUUUGGUACAAUUUGAGUUUAAUAAUAACUUUUUAUUUUGAAAUACUCAAAAACCUGCAGCUUGGAUUUAUUAUUUACACGUUGUUUCUGACCAGCAAAUGUUCCCCAAAUGUAAUUUCAUCUGUUGGUUAAAUGAGGGAUAAAGCCGUCUGUCAUUGUUCCAUUUCUGAAAGUGCUGAUGUCUGGGUCAGUGUCGUCACUGCUCCAGAGUCUUAAUGAGGGUUGUAAACUCAUGCAGAUCAUUUCAAUGUGAAUUCAAUGCCUUGAAUGCGCUCUACCAAGAUGCCAUCUUUUUGUAUUCUGAAUCAUACCCACAGUGCCAUUAGUGCCAGCUCGGAUAUUGUCAUCUCAAGUUAUUUUUGAGCAAUGCUUUUUGUACUUUUUAUACUUUUUGUAUUGAUAGUACUUUGUGGUUAGUUUUUAAAAUAAAUUUUUUGAACAAAGA